GGUGUUUUCGGAGAAGGGGCGGCCAUGGCGGCUGCGCGGCGGCAACGGCGGCUGCGACGGAGCGCGCGCCCGGCUUUGAAUGAGCGGAGCUGGGACUGAGCUGGCUGAGCGCGAGCUCGGGGCAGACGGAGGCUGUGCGCGCGCGCCUGCCUCGUGAGCGCGCGUGGCCCGCGGCAGCUCGGAGCCUCCGCCGGGCGGGCGGGGAGGGGGAGGGGCAGGUUCUGGUUUUCACCAUGGCCAUCACUCAGUUUCGGUUAUUUAAAGUUUGUACCUGCCUAGCAACAGUGUUCUCAUUCCUGAAGAGAUUAAUAUGCAGAUCUGGCAGAGGAAGGAAAUUAAGUGGAGAUCAAAUAACUUUGCCCACCACAGUUGAUUAUUCAUCUGUCCCUAAGCAGACAGACGUGGAGGAAUGGACUUCCUGGGAUGAAGAUGCACCCACAAGUGUAAAGAUUGAGGGAGGGAAUGGGAAUGUGGCAACGCAGCAGAACUCUUUGGAACAACUGGAACCUGACUAUUUCAAGGACAUGACACCAACAAUUCGGAAAACUCAGAAAAUUGUCAUUAAGAAGAGAGAGCCAUUGAAUUUUGGUGUUCCAGAUGGUAGCACAGGUUUUUCCAGUAGAUUGGCAGCUACACAAGAUAUGCCUUUUAUUCAUCAAUCUUCAGAAUUAGGUGACUUAGAUACAUGGCAAGAAAAUACCAAUGCAUGGGAAGAGGAAGAAGACGCAGCCUGGCAAGCAGAAGAAGUGCUGAGGCAGCAAAAAAUUGCAGACAGAGAGAAGAGAGCAGCAGAACAACAAAGGAAAAAAAUGGAGAAGGAAGCACAACGCCUGAUGAAGAAGGAGCAAAACAAAAUCGGUGUGAAGCUUUCCUAACACACGCUUUGUCGUGUUGUGUGCCAGGAGGAGAAGUCUGGGCCCACAGCCUCCACACAAGCAUUUGUAUGGACUGGACAGUAUCUUCAGAAUACAGACACUCUGCUUGAUCUUAAUGUGUUUAUUGAGCUAUCCAGGACACCAGGAUUCUCCCAUAAUACCUUGAACUAUUAGUAAUCAAGACUCAAAACACAAAAAUAAUGAGACAAUUAUUUUCUUCAAUGUGUUCCAAAUAUAAGACAAUUGUUUGCUGUAGAGAAGUUAUUUCAAGAGGAAUAUACCUGACAAGUACCUCUCAAGCUAGUGUUCCUAGCUGAAUAAAUGGGUGUAAAUAAUUUUAUGUUGGAAAAUACUCUGCUAUUAUGCUUUUGUCCAUUGUGCAUAAUUAUAAAAUGCUUUUAAUAAUCUUUUGUUUCCAUGAUCAUUUGAUAUAAAUUAGACAAAAUGUAGGUUGGGCUUUAUAUACCCUUAAUUUUGUUUUCAGGUACUGUUGACAUACAUUUUCUAUAAUUUGAACUGGCAUUGUUUGGUACAACAUUAAGGAAUAUGAUAAUUUGGGUUUUUAAGAAAAUAACAUUAAAUGCAAUAAUUUUAUUUAUCAAA